AUGCUUGGACUUUGCGCCCGUGCGCUGAGUGACGAGGAACGCCCCGAUACCAUUGUUCGCGCUGCAUUUGGUCUUAUUGGCGAUCUGGCGGAUCUCUACUCUAAGGGCCAAAUCAAACCAUUGCUCACUGAGGGGUGGCUCACUUCCGCCUUGCAACAAAAGCCAAAAGGUGCACCACAGGAAACCAAACGUGUUCUCAAAUACGCACGCGAGAGUGUCCGAAGAGCAAUUGCCUAG